UCAAUGUCAACCUUGACGUUGGCAAAAUCAUCGUUUUGGUGAUCGAUGGAGCCAUGACACUUACAAAGUCCAACCUGUAACAGGUUGCAAGUUUUUCUUUUAGCCUAAAAAUAUAUCAAGAUAAGUAACCUACUAGGUACCUAUACUUUAACAACUAGGUAGUACUUACAAUACCGAUUGAAUUGAAGUAGCUUUUGUUCUGUGUAGUAUUGUACCAAAUAGGUACCUAUCUACAUAGUAAAUUGAAAAUUACUAUUUGAACAUUGAAUUUAAAAGCGUGCGAGUUGAGUGCGCCUAGUGAGCCUAUUGAGAAAUCCAAUAAAAGAAAGCGAUUCUAAUAUCAAACAUUUAUAGAAACGUAUCUUUACCAUAAUAAACAUUUAGUUGUCUAUAGACAUGUUUUGUGUUAGGGCUCUAAUUCAACUAAAAAAUUUGAACAAAUUUAAAGUUCAUACAAAUGCUACAAUAGUUAAAACAUUAAAUGUUAACAAUCAGAAAUUUUAUUCAACUAAAAUUAAAGAUGACACAGAUCAAAUGAUCGACGAGCUCUGUAAAGAAGAUCCUGAACAAGAAAAGAAACUUAGAAUAUUAAUGUUAGAAGUUGAAGUCAUGCGACAAGAUGGGAGAUGUGCCCCAAAUGUUUUAAAAAAACAGCAUUGGGAACAUUUGUUGCUUUUGCAGAGUCGUAGUCAAAGAAUAAAAUACCUGAACUAUCUUUGGAAAACUGAGAAGGCAAAAGAAAAUUCUAAAGCCAAAAAAGAAGCUAGUAGACAAAAAUUGGAAUCUACUUCCCCUGAAGAAUUUAAAGAAUAUCCUGAUGAUCUGCUAUAUGGUAUAAAAUACAGAUCACUAUUCCUACGAAUUCGUGAUCAAUCUAUCAACAACUUCGACAAUUACAAAGCUCUACUAGCUAUAACACAUGGUCAACAAGUGAUUUUAGACUGCUCUUAUGAGGAGCAUAUGGUACACAGGGAAAUCCUUAAUGCUGCCAAACAAAUGACAUUUGUUUUUGGAGAUAACAGAAUGCACAAGGAUCCAUUUGAUUUACAUUUGUGCAAUGUUAAUUUUAAAGGAAACUUCAUGCGUCAGUUAAAAAAAAACAUACCUUCCAUUGAUGAGCCUUGGUUUCCUAUGAAUUUUCAUGCUGAAAGUUACUUGGAUAUUUUUCCUAAGGAAAAACUGGUUUAUUUAACACCACACUGCCGGGAAGAACUUUCAACGUUUGACAGUGAUGCAAUUUAUAUAGUUGGAUGCAUGGUUGACAAGAUGAAUAAUGAACCACUGUCCUUGGCAAAAGCUAAAAGGGAUGGUCUAAAAAUGGCAAAAUUGCCACUUGACAGAUAUUUAGAAUGGGCUCCGGGUUCAAAGAAAAAUUUAAAUAUAAACCAUAUGAUACCAAUACUAUUGGAUCUAAAACUAACACGAGAUUGGGAAUAUGCUUUACGACACAUCCCAAGGAGGAAAUUGUUGGAAACAAAAAUAUUGGCCAUGCAAAAUAAACUUAAAAACCCAUUAUUGAAAGAUGAAGUGAUUAAAAACUUUAAAAAAUAUUCAAAUCUUGGGCCACUGAAAAAUAAUCCUUUAGCUUCAUUCAGAGACAGAAGAUCAAAGUCUAGAAAAUCUUUGUAUGAUGAUGAUAGUAUAUAAAGAAAAAAUAUAUCAGUUAAA